UGCGCGCGUGCCCGUGCCCGGUGCUCCGUGCCCGUGCCCGCGGCUCCGGUGCCCCGCCGGGAUCCCCUCCGAGCCCCGUCCGUGCCCGGGCUGCGGAGCGCGGCUGGCUGUUUCCCGGCCCCUUGGGCAGGGACUCCCCGGCAUGGAGCGGGCGCUGCUGCCCCGCCUGUGCCAGCGCGCCCUGCGGCUGUGCCGGCCCGGCCUCCGGUUCCGCUGCGGCCGCGGGGCCGAGCGAGGGGCGCCCCGAGGCCGCGAUCCCCCCGCGUCCCUCCCGGCGGCCGGGCGGGGGUCGCGCACCGGGCGGGAGCUGUGGCGGGCACAGCAGGACUCGCCCCGGGCCGGCGAGGGGAAGGGGCCGGAGCGAAAGGCGCCGGCCCUGCCGAGGAGCCGAGGCUCCGAGAUCCUGUUCGGGGUGGCCCCGUGCUGGCUGGCGCUGGCCCGGGCGCGCCGGGCGCUGUUCCGGCUGUUCCUGAGGGAGCCGCGCGGCCCCGGGCGGCCCCUGAGGGCCGAGCUCGCCCUGCAGGCCGCGGCCCGCGGGGUGCCGGUGCUGCACGUCCCGGGCCGGGCGCUGGACGCGCUGUGCCGGGGCCGGCCCCACCAGGGAGUGUGUCUGGAGGCCGCCCCGCUGCCCUUCAGGAGCCUGCGGGACGCGGAGGAGCCGCGGCCGGGGGAUGCGGAGAGCGGGGCCCGGCAGCCGCUGUGGCUGGUGCUGGAGCACAUCCAGGAUCCCAUGAACCUGGGGGCCCUGCUGCGCUCCGCGUACUUCCUGGGGGUGGACAGAGUGGUGGCGACCCACAGCAACAGCUGCCCCUUGACUCCCGUAGUGAGCAAAGCCAGCGCUGGAGCCAUGGAGGUCUUCGAUGUGUACAGCACAGAUGAUCUGCAGGGCUUUCUGAAGGCUAAAAGUGCAGAAGGCUGGGACGUGGUGGGAACAGCCAGCAGGCCUGAGGACGUGGAAGAUAUUCCUGUCGUCAGCUGCUCGGAAUUCCGGUGGGACAAACCCCUUAUUGUAGUGAUAGGCAGUGAAGGGGAGGGCCUUUCCCUGGAGACUCAGCUGCAGUGCCAGCAGAUGCUGGCCAUCCCCCCUGGCAGGGCGCUGCACCCCGGCAUCGACUCCCUCAACGUCUCUGUGGCUGCAGGAAUCCUCCUGCACUCCAUCUGCAGCCAGAAACGGAGGCAUGGAGAUUGAAAUCCUCUUUGUGUGGCGGAGGAAGCUGCUCAGUGGAUAUGGAAAUGCUCUCCCCAGGGUCUCCACCAUCACUGUGACUUCCAGGGAAAACCCCAGUGACCUGAGCUGCAUUUUGGCUGCUGCAGAAGCCACCAGAUCCCUGCCUUACCACCAAAGGCACACACCUGAUGUCGUAGGUAACACCCGUGGGAAGGCAGGCAGGUCUGGGAGCAGCCAGGAAAACACCCAGGGAUGGCUGCCAGCACUUGUGCACUGGGGACUUUGUGCAUCACUUGAACUGUGGGGACAAUUUGGGCUGUGGGUGAAAGUGCCACUGAAGGUGCCCUGUGCCCUCCCCCUGGGCAGCAGCUGCAGCUGUGCCAGCUGUGCCCGGGAGCCACUGGAGCUGGUUUUUCUGGUUUUGGAUGUAAACCAGGUGUGCAGCCCUGCCAAGGUCUGGCAAACAGCUGGAGGGGGGGAAGGUGGAGCCCGUGGAAAUAAAGCUUUUGUAAAGAUUGGUUGUAGACUCGAAUGAAUCCAUUUUGUGUCAUUUAAAUCCAGAGUGUGAUUAGUCCUUCAGGUGGGGAGAGGGAUCUAGAGCUCGUUUCCUUCCGGGGAAGUUUCCAUUCCAAGCUGGGCUGAUCCUACUGGAGGCUGAGGUUCCCCAGGAGCACUGUCCUGCUGGUGGCACUGGGGUGGCUUCAUUUGCAGCUCUCCUGCUUGAAAAACCAGGCUGGCUGAAUUAUUGAGAGCCAAAAGAAUGUUAUCACUUAGCACCUUAAUUAUUUUAUUUAGCUACCGUGGCCCUUUGCAUAGGAUUCCUCAUUAACACUUAAUUUACAGUGCCCUUUAGGGAUAAUUUCAAACAAUUCCGUUCAGUCUGCCCCCUCCCCACUUCCAAAUGAAUAAGUAAAUCACUCUGAGUGACUAAUUAGGACUUUCCUUUGAGCUAAAUGAAGUCUGUAAAGCCUGGUCUGUGGGUGUGGGGGGGUUCCCUGUGUGUCCCUGGCAGGGUCUGGCUGGUGGCACUGGGGACACUCCAGGUGUCUGGGAUGGGGGACAGGGCAUGGAGCUCCUGAGAGGUGUCAGGGCUCCCUUCUGUGGCUGUGAUGUGGUGCCUGGGGUGGGGACACGUCCCUGAGCAGUGUCCUGAGGAAAAGGACAAAUCCCAAAUCCCUCUGAAACGACACCAUCAAACAAACAGGGCU